AUGUUUGGCCCUGAUAUCCUCGUUGAACUCAUUGUUUGUGGCAUUCUUACUCUUUUCUUCCUAUUUUACUUCAAUAGGCUCUUUGCUACCAUUGUUUCGUAUCCCAUCCGAGCCUAUACCUGGCAUUACUACGGGGUUUAUAUCGAUAUCCAUGCGCUUCAAAUUUCCCUACUCGGCGGAAGGAUAUUUUUCAAAGGAUUUCGCUAUCACGGAGAGAAUGAGACGAUAUUGGUACAAUCAGGUUACCUGACAUGGAAGUAUUGGCUUCGGUCCGUACGUAAGGUUGGUUUGGCUCGAAAUCACGAAGACGGUCCGGAAUUCUCGAGAGAGCAGGUGGGAGAGUCUGAUUCGGAUGAAAGCACGCAAAGCCCAAACCCCAGCACCAGCCAGCAGGGUGGGGCCACUAAGAGAAAUCGCCUGCCUUGUCGGUUGGAAUUGACAAUCCAGGGUCUCGAGUGGUUUGUUUAUAACAGGAGUGCUGCCUACGAUACUAUCCUCUCUGGAUUUGGAUAUACUCCGAGAAGGGAACCUGAUGGUAGCGACAAUGGCCGAAGUGAUCAUGCUACUGGAAAGAAUAAUGAGAGAUCGGAAUCACGUAACUCAGCGCAAACAGGUAGUGGAUCAACUGAUAACAAGGAUUGUUCACAUUCCCCCUCUCGCAUUGAAUCGGCUACUUCACGUCCUAGCCAGUCUGAACCGUCAACUUUAGCCAAUCGCACUCGCAUCCGUUUAUUUCGUAAAGAAUCGAAUUCGGAAGAAGCUUUAGAUUCCUCUUCGGCGAGCUCAGCAAAAGACGCGUCACGUUCCAAACCGCUGGCUCUUCUUCCCCUGGAGUUGGUUUGCACUAAAGGAGCUAUGGUUAUUGGUAACGAAAACACAAAAACGUUUUUGACCGCAAAGUUUGAAAGUGCUUGUGGGCACAUUGAUGCUAGCAGCUCUGGCCCGCUAGACAUGUUCAGACAUGUAUUUGAAUUUCGCCUAUGCCACCCUGUAGUUCAAAUGAAACCCAAUCCAGACUUUAAACAAUCUCAGCAAGCUACUGCCAGCGGGCUACGAGCAGCGAAAGGAGACCAAGAAAGAGGGAGAAACCCAAGGGACCUUCAUUCGAGAUAUCAACACCACAGACGCAGAAUAUGGCACAAUGUUCGUGACCUGAUCCCAUAUUUCCAGACUUCAGUCGAGUCAAACCACACGGUAUUUUUCCCGAACCUUUACCGAGAUUCACAGCCAUCUCCACCCCUUGAACCCUAUACGCCUCGUCAAAGCACCAAGUUUAAAUUAACCAUCAACAUCGAGAAAGAUACUACCUUGCGGAUUCCAACCAGAGAAGCGUCCAAAGAUUGGUUGUGGAAAGAUCGGGCUGAUGCUGUUGGGGGACUUUCCAAAUCGCAACACCGGAAAGACAAAAAACAUCCACGAAAUAAGGACGCCGAAAAAAGUACCCAUGGCCCCGAUAUUAGGCCCUUUGGUUGGUUUGCCAUCCGGAUAGCGGCAAAUUCCACAAUUCGAUAUUCAAUGGACAUGGUCGCUUCAAGUUCAGGGUACCAAAAUCAGUUGGACCUUCACCUGAGCGGGAGCAGGGUGACAUCUAGUGUAAACCAUGGUCUAUUGUGGACCACUGGGGUGCAGAAGAUUUCUUUCGACUUGUCGAAUCCAUUGGAGUGGAAUAUCCGGCGCUCCUGGUCCAUCAACAUUGACAGCGAAAACUUGGAACUUUUCUUAUUACGAGACCACAUUUUCCUUCUGAUAGACCUAGUGAAUGACUGGACUUCGGGACCUCCCCCUGACUUUUAUACAUUUGUGCCUUUCCGCUACAACAUUGACUUUUCCUUCACGAACUUCAAGCUCUUUUUGAACGUCAACGAUUCAAACAUAAUAAAUAACCCAUCCGAUACUAAUGACAACUCUUUCCUCGUCAUACACAGCGAGCGCCUGACCUCCCACGUCAAUAUCCCUGUCGAGAAAUAUAAACCAAAAAGCAAUGCUGUAGGAUUCGAUGUUAAUUUGUCAAAUGGAUCAAUCGAAUUGAUGACACCAUUGUGGAACACGCAGCGCGCCUUUCUCCACGAUAACUCCGUUGCGACGCUCAAAAGGAUGGGCUUAACAGUCGGUGUUUCGCCUAAGCUUUAUCUCUAUGGAUUUUUAAUACGGCACUUUUUAAAAAUAAAGGAGAACUACUUCGGCGAGUACCUUCAUUUCAAAACCUUGGAAGAAUAUCAAGGCUUACUCGCUACAACUCACACGCCGGAAGAGAGUGGUGGCAUGAAUCCUUCACCGAAAACAAACGAUCUUGACAUCUUUAUCCAGGUUCACGCAGACAAUGGCAGCAUUUUUCUACCCGCCCAUAUCUAUGACCGUACAAAUUGUGUGAGAAUAGACACUGUAACUUUUGAUACCGAUUUGAGGUUUACAAAUUAUUACAUGGACAUGGAAACAUCAUUUGGCCCGGCGGAAUUUGUUAUAGAUUCAGCCCAACCCGAUGGUUCCCAUUUUUCCUCAAGUACUCAGUUAUUUCUGGAUGGUUUAUCUAUCUACGGUCAUCGCCUUUUCGGGCUGCCUCCUACCGAACCAACUUAUGUUUGCAAUUGGGAUUUUCAAGUUGGAUACAUUGUCGGAGAAUGUACUCCUUCGUUUCUAAAAUAUGCUGCAUCAGCAGUAAAUUUUCUGGCAUUUUCUUUCGACGAUGAGGAGAAUGCACUACCCCCGCUCCACCCCAUCGAAAUCCACGAUGUGACGUUUGUGCGAGCCAGAGUGAAUCGUAUACGGACUUGGGUCCUAGUCGAGGAUUCCGCCAUAUUAUUCAACUGUGGAGUUAUCAACCUUGACUUCAAUGAUUGGGUGGACAUGAACUUUUCUUCGCGGCUUAACCUGAAUUUACCCGAUCUUAUUCUCGCUGUAGUAGAUCGAAACGCAGCUAUUCGACUGCGAGAGCCCUCGCGAGAGACGGUCAAGACCUAUGGAUAUUUCCAAACGUCACUAUUCUUCAGGAUGAUGGAACGCAAAUCGGACUUUUUCGUUUCCCGUGGUCUUCAACAAGAGCAUAUCCGCGUACAUGAUCAGCGGUCCAAUAGGACACCUUGGCUACUUCACAAUGUUGAAAAUACAUUAGCGCAGCUUUCUCUAAAUACUGCCAACCAUAAGGUCAGCCCACCCGCCAUGCCUGUACCGCUUAUGCCUGAACCGAUUCACUCGAUUCCUAAAUAUUACGAAGACUCCUCCAUUUCGUCAUCCCCAUUUCCGUAUAUAUCGAGUGGAAAAAGCUCGAUACGGUCUUCUCGAUCUUCUGGAUCGAAGCGGGGAAACUUCCCAAACUCUAGCCGCGUGCCGCCCUACGGCUCUGAUGUUACGGAUGCUACGGUUGCCUCUAGACGCCAAACCACUCACGGCUUCGAUGGAGCACGGGGACCGAACAACAUAUUAAGCCCCACUAACAGUAUAUCCAGCCCAUGGGCCAUUCCGAACUUCCAUUUCAAUGGGAUAGAACCUGAUAUUGGCGGCGUUCCCACGUUUCCCAACUCGGACGAUAUGCCAGAACGGAGCGAGUGGGACCUGGGCAGUAAUAUCACACUUGAUUCUGGAUCAAAAUAUGAAAAUGCUACCCAGAUCUUUUUCCACUAUGAAUUUAAAUGUGGUCUACGUGGCUUGGGCUCCCCAGAAGCUCUUUCCGCUAUAUCUUCGCUUUUCGAUGAACUACAGCCAGCGCAUCCAGUUGAUAUCAUUGACAACCUCCAGGCCGGUGUCAUUUCAAGAAUUUUAGCGCAUGAAAAAGCAAUUGCAGGUCCCAAGAAAAUAUCCAACUUUUCGCUCAUUUUCCCCCGCUUGCAUAUUCGAUUUAUCAAUUCAUCUAAGUCAAUGGAUGCGGACCAAUUAGGAAACUUCCGUGACCAGUAUGACUUAAAGCUUGCUCAUAUUAGUUCCACGUUUCGCACCGGCGUCGAAAGCAUACGGGGUGACCAUGCACGACCUCCCAAGACAGACUUCACGAUGCAUUUAGCGGCUGAUGAAGUUUCACUGUCAGCUCAUGGAGAGCAAAUGGAAGCGCUUGAUCGUAAAGGCUUGGUACACUGUACAUUGAAAAACAUAAUUUGCUGGUCAGCGUUCGAAGAAGAGACGCAGCGCUCUCAUGUUCAGAUUCAAGAUAUCGAAACCGCCACCUCAAGCAAAUCCGUCCAAGACUCGGCAUUCCUGAUUGACCGUACUACCAACCUAGUCAACUCGAUUGUGGCACCUUUUCAAAAAGCCUCCGCAGCUUACACAAGACGACUUCGCUGCUUGGUCUAUACUCUUACUAGCCACGGCUCCCAAACACCUGAUCCGUUGUUUCUGACACGGACGUCAUACGUGCUACGAGCCGCUCAGGAUCACUUAAGACUUCAUGAUUCCUGGAAAAUCAUUUCUCGAUUGCGGAAUAUCUACAACUGCUUACCGGCUGACCAAACCUCGAAAGUUGGCUUGCGAAUUGCAUAG